AUGUAUGUCAAACUUGUCUUGUCAUACGAUCGUUACCUUUAUACCAAGCGUGAAUGCACUUUUACCGGUGGUAUAAUAACAGCAAUGCUCUCUGGCCCCGGCAUGCAAUUUUUACUGGAUCAUUUCGACGACUACACAAAGCAUUUUGCCGCAAUGAACUAUCGCGAAGCUGAUGAGCUUUUGCAUAUCCACCACACUGACUUCAUUCAGGCCUUUGAGAAGCAGUAUCCCAACCUCCAGUGGAAGGACAUUGAGAUGAAAAUCUACAAGACACUGGGGGGAGGUGUUUUGGGCAGCCACUGCCUAUCCACCACCUCGAGGUCUGGGCGCCUACGGCAAGUCACGCGCAAUGUAACACGGUGGAUUUGCUUCUGGAGUGGUGGCAAAGGCGGCAAGGCACCCCUUCCCAUAGCUCUGUGA